AUGACUGACGAGAUCACGGCCGCCGCGCCGCGCCAGCCAGAUACAGGCCAGGCCUCAUCAAAAGACCCCUUCAGCAAGCAAUUCGCACAACAGCUAGAAGAUAACGAAAACGAAUUGGACCUCCGCGAUGAUACCGUGAUCGAGAACAACAGAUUCGCGUUCACGCCAACGCAACUCCACAAGCUCAUCACAGCGCGCAACCUAUCAGCACUGCGGCGCUUCGGUGGUCUCCCAGGCCUUGCAGCUGGCUUACGGACAGAUCUCGCCGCCGGGCUCAGUGUAGACGAGACAAGUCUCGAGGGCACAAUAUCGUUCGAGGAGGCUGUCGCUGCAGGAGAGGCUCACCGGGCUGCCGCAAUCACGCCUCAACCUCCGUCGACACAACACAAACACGGUAUCAAGUUAGAUCUGGACUUGAUUCAACAUGAGGCCCAGGGCUAUACAGACCGGAGGCGCAUCUAUGGCGAAAACAGGCUCCCGAAACGAAAGCAAAAGUCAUUUCUGAGGCUAGCGUGGAUUGCGUUCAACGACAAGCUCAUGUUCCUCCUCACGAUCUCGGCUACAAUCUCUCUGGCGCUUGGUAUCUACGAAACCGUAGAUGCAUCUGAUGACGAGCCGAACAUCCAAUGGGUGGAUGGUGUCACCGUUGUAGUAGCUAUUCUGGUUAUUGUGUUCGCUAGUGCUGCCACGGACUGGCAAAAGAACGCCAGAUUCGCGAAGCUCAAUGAGAGAAAGGAGCAGAGGGAUGUCAAAGUCAUACGGUCCGGCAAGACCCAGAACAUUUCCGUAUACGACGUGCAGGUUGGAGAAAUUAUGCACAUUGAGACUGGCGAUGUCGUUGCCGUCGAUGGAGUACUAGUGCAGGGCUCCGGCAUCCAGGUCGACGAGUCCUCCCUCUCGGGCGAGUCUGAAUUGGUGCACAAGAAUGUGCCUAGCGAGAGUGACAUCCGCAACCGAAAAGUUCACAGAUCCUCGGCGACUGACCCCUUCAUUCUCAGCGGAACGACGGUAUCUGGCGGUGUGGGUGCGUACUUGGUGACAUCGGUAGGGACCAAUUCGAUGUAUGGCAGAACCUUGAUGUCACUGAGAGAGGACGUCGAGGAAACGCCCCUGCAGCAGAAACUCGGAAAGCUGGCGAAGCAACUCAUCACGUUUGGUGCGAUUGCGGGUAUCAUCUUCUUCCUAAUCCUGUUUAUCCGUUUCCUCGUCGGGCUUCCGACCAUGAGAGGAACUGCCUCUGAAAAGGCCGAAACCUUCUUCAAACUUUUGAUCCUAGCCGUCACUGUCGUCGUGAUCACCGUGCCCGAAGGUCUAGCUCUCGCAGUCACCCUUGCUCUCGCUUUUGCCACGACCAGAAUGCUCAAGGACAAGAACCUCGUCCGCCUGAUCCGUUCUUGUGAGAUCAUGGGUAAUGCUACAUGCAUCUGCUCGGAUAAGACGGGAACAUUGACACAGAACAGCAUGACGGUCGUCGCUGGCAGAAUCGGACUCUACGAACGCUUCGGUGACGCACCAAGAGAAAUCAGCAAGGAUGACAUGAAGAAAGACCUGAGUACCGAUGACGCCUCGGACCAGGAACGCCCCAAAGCCUUGCUAGAAUCUUUGAGCGGCGAUGUGAGAGUACUGACGAAAAACAGCAUCGCGCUGAAUACCACGUCUUUCGAGAGCGACAAUCCGAACGAUGCCGGCUUCGUUCAGCCGCGAGUUCUUCGCCAUGGGGCCCUUAGCGAAGAGAGAGCAAACAACGAGAUUGUCGACAUGUUCCCUUUUGACGCGUCGCGGAAGUGGAUGGCGGUCAUGUCGAAGCUGCAUAACGGGAAACAUCGACUUCUCGUCAAGGGCGCGGCCGAGGUCGUCUUUGACCAGUGCACCAACAUCCUUAAGGAACCGAAGGCCGGCCUCGCCGUUCAGAGUGUUACGACCGAGAUACGAGACGACCUACGAGCGACGAUCCGCGAGUACGCCAAGCAGAUGCUCCGGCCUAUCGUCAUCGCCUACAAAGAUGUCGACGCACCGUUCGAGAACCCAGAUGACCCCGACUCCAUCAAAUUCGAGAAGCAUUUUGCGAAUAUGACGUUCAUCGGUGUCUUUGGAAUUCGCGACCCCCUUCGACCUGAAGUUCUCGGUUCCGUGCGUCAAUGCCAGGAGGCCGGGGUAUUUGUGCGGAUGGUCACGGGAGACAACUUUCUGACGGCAAAGGCCAUCGCAUCAGAGUGUGGCAUCUAUUCAGCCGGCGGCUUGGCUAUGGAUGGGCCGACGUUCCGGAAGCUGACCCCCGCCCAGCUGGAUCUGGUCAUCCCCCGGCUUCAGGUGUUGGCGAGAUCUAGCCCGGAAGACAAGCUCCUGCUGGUAUCCCAUCUGAAAAAAAUGGGCGAGACGGUUGCUGUGACGGGCGAUGGCACCAAUGACGCGUUGGCUCUCAAGGCCGCGGAUGUGGGCUUUGCUAUGGGGAUUCAAGGAACCGAGGUUGCUAAAGAAGCUGCGUCUAUUAUUCUGCUUGAUGAUAACUUUGCCUCGAUUGUGAAAGCGCUGGUGUGGGGUCGGACGGUGAACACAGCUGUGAAGAAGUUCCUCCAAUUCCAAUUCACAAUCAACAUCACGGCAGGCACUCUGACUGUCGUCUCCGAGUUGGCUGGGGACUCAAUCUUUACUGUCGUUCAGCUACUCUUCAUCAACCUCAUCAUGGAUAUCUUCGCCUCGCUUGGCCUGGCAACCGACUACCCCUCGCCAGACUUCCUCAAAUGCAGGCCAGAGCCACGCACAGCCCCCAUCGUGAACAUCACAAUGUGGAAGAUGAUCCUCGGCCAGGCAAUCUACCAGCUUGCGGUUAUGUUCACUCUCCACUACGCAGGAGACCAACUCUUCCACCCCUCCACGACCGCAGAGCGCGAGGCACUGCAGACCAUGAUCUUCAACAUCUACGUCUGGAUGCAGUUCUUCAACCAGCAUAACUGCCGCCGUGUCGAUAAUAAGCUCAACAUCUGGUACCAAGGCGUCCUCCGAAACCCCUGGUUUAUCGGCGUGCAAUGUGCUACUCUGGCCGGACAAAUGAUCAUCAUCUGGAAGGGUGGCCAGGCGUUCGACACCCGCCCCCUAAACGGCGCACAAUGGGGUUGGUCAAUGCUGUUCGGUGUCCUUGUAAUUCCAUUAGGCGCUUUGAUACGGCAGGUUCCCGACGAGUACGUCUACGGCUUCUUCCAAGCCGUCAAGCGAGGCUUCCUCGGCACAGUACACGUCCUAUCCAAGGUCCUCCCAUCCAAGUGGCGGAAGAAGGCCGAGGAGGAAGUCGAGGACAUGGGAGCUGCACAGAGCUGGGUCCUUCAGACCGGCGCGGCGCUGUUACGACCGAUGAAUUACGAAUGGGGCAGCUCAACCCCGCCGCCAGGCUCCAAGCUUGCGGGGAGGGUGUCGAGUAUACCUGCUGCACAGAGAGAGGCUCUUAUUCGUGCUGCGAAGGCAGGCACUGGAGAUAAUGAGAUUGAUGUGCCUGCGCUGGUUGAUGCGGCGCGCUGCGCCAAGGUGGAGUUGUCAUAUGGCCUUGAGGUCCAUCCUGAUACUUUGGUGGAGGACCCGAUCUUGCUGACUUCCAUUGGGGUUGAUGGGAAGAAGUGCCCGCCGAGCCAAGAUCCGGAGAUCUUGCGUUACUUACAGCGCCCUUCAUAA